AUGGCUAGUAAAGGCAAGGCCGAGUUUCUGAUCUGGCAUGAGAAAAAUAAAGAUAAAGAGUUCGAUUUUCAAAAGGAGAUGUUGGAGUAUUGUAGAUCUGAUGUGGAUAUUAUGAGGAGAAUUUGUUCAAUGUUUAGAGAAGAGAUGAUUAAAAUAUCUGGUGUAGACCCAUUCUGUUAUAUAACUAUUGCGUCAUGCUGCAUGGCUGUCUACAGGAGCAGACAUUUACAAGCAAAUACAAUUGCGAUGGUUCCUGUUAAUGGAUACAUAAACAACACCAAUUAUAGCUCUGAUGCAAUUAGGUGGUUAGAUUUUGUAGCUGCUGAUCAAGGAAUAACAAUUGAACACGCUUUAAAUGGAAGUGGGGAAAUAAAGAUUGGAGGCGUGUCUGUUGAUGGAUUUUGCAGACAAACCAAUACCAUAUACCAAUUUCACGGUUGUUUUUAUCAUGGAUGUGCAGACUGCUAUGAAGGAGAUACCAUACACCCUCUUAAGAAACUUCCUAUGGCAACUUUACUGGCCAAAACUAAGGGCACUACCGAUAAAUUUAGGGCAUCAGGAUACGAAGUUAUUGAGUUAUGGGAACACAGAUUCAAAUCCAUGAUGAAAGAAAAUAAAGAUCUCAGGGUCAGCAAAUACUGCAAGUAUCCAGUCGGCCACCCAGAAAUCAUUACUUCUAAUUUCCAGGAUGUAUCCAUUUAUUUUGGAAUAGUAAAGUGUAAAGUUGUCCCCCCACGAGGUCUCUUUUUGCCUGUGCUUCCCUACAGAUGCAACGGAAAACUAAUGUUUCCGCUCUGUAGGACUUGUGUGGAGAGCCUGUCUCAGUUGCGUUGCCACCACGAAGACGAGGAGCGCUCUCUAAUAGGUACAUGGGUAACUGAGGAAGUAAAAUUAGCUGUGGAUAAAGGUUAUCGGGUUGAAAAAAUUUACGAAGUUUAUCACUUCAAUGAGAGCUCCGAUAAGCUUUUCCGCUCUUAUAUUGAUCUCUUUUUGAAAAUUAAACAAGAGAGCAGCGGUUGGCCAAGAGAUUGUAAUUCAGAGGAAGAAAGAGAGCGAUAUUUAAAAGAUUAUGAAGAAAUAGAAGGAAUUUUAUUAGAUCCCGAGAAAAUUAAGAUGAAUCCUGGUCUUAGACAAAUUUCAAAAUAG